AAAUCAACGGUAGUGAGGUCUUUAGAUGUAGAUGGAUUCUCAGCUAACCUGAUCCAAACACUGGAGGUUGAGCGGUACGGAAAAGGUCGUUUUGUAGAGUGGUCUUGGGAUCAAAAAAGUCUUCCCAACCCACGAUGGAUAUCUAGAGUGUGGAUUUUUCUUAGUGACAUUUUCUCCAAAGUUCUUUGUGAUGAAAGCCUACCUGAACAAACCAAGUCUUCCCAAAUUACAUCUGCUCUUGCAUCUCUUGCUGACUGGAGUAUCCUUCCAGCUACUGAGUCUAAAAUCGAAGCAAGAACAAACCCUUUUCUUCCAUUAAGUAUAAGCACACCUCAAACUUAUACCCAGUUACUCGUUCCGUUGUGUCAGACAACGGCUGUUCUUGAUUACAGAAGUUCAGAUGCUGCCAAUAAUAGUCUCUUGGAAGUGUUAAAGAAACUCGGUGUACCCGAACUAAACUAUACUGUGCUGACAAACUUGGGCUCAGCAGUUCGGCUUGCACCUUUUUUGGUUUCUGCCCUGAAGGUUCCUUCCUCUCUGCUUACUGCCCUCCACCAUAAGAUUGAGAGAGACCCUCAGUCACCUAAAAGACUGGACGCCAAGGACUGUAAAGCAAUUUUGGAGUACUUCAGUAGGAGUGUGGCCCGCCUUCAUGAGGCAGACAAAAGCAAACUGAAAAGGCUUCCUUUCUUCCUAGCGACGCAUGGUGGCUUUGUACCACUUGAUAGUGAUCACCGUGUUUGUGUCCUUCCAGUUGGGAUACCGAGAAAGGAAAUUGAAAACUUAGAGCGUCACCUAAAGUUAGUCUUCACUGAGUCCUGGCCAGUUCUCUCAAAUUUGUUCAAAUUCCUGGAUCUCGAGUACGUCUCUGCCGUAGACGUGUACUGCGCUUACAUUCUGCCAGCGUUUGAGAUCUUCAGCCAAGAAGGGAGGCUAGUACACUUGGAGUACAUUCGUAAAUACCUUCUUUCAGAAUUUUUAGCGGAGGAUGACAUGGAAAAACAAAGGCUUAGGAGCUGUUUGAAAGCAACGCCAUUUAUCCCCUCCAUAAAUGGAACGCUUCAAACUGCAUCCUCAUUCUACGACCCUGGCGUUAACGUUUUCCGCAUAAUACUCCCUCCAACCAAUUUCCCUUUGAAACCACUUAAUUCGCCAGAAUGGGUAACGGUUUUAAGGACAAUAGGUUUAAUUCAUCAGGUCUCCCAUGAUCACUUCAAGAAA